GCAGCAACAGUACAUUUGUGCCAAUCUACUCAACUAAUGCACUUUUUAUUGUUUUUUAAGCCUCCUUGUUAAAAGGCCUGAAACAUGCUAACAUCGUCCUCCUCCAUGACAUCAUCCACACGAGAGAAUCUCUCACCUUUGUUUUCGAAUAUGUGCAAACAGAUUUGGCCCAGUACAUGACUCAGCACCCUGGUGGACUGCAUUCAUGCAACGUCAGGCUCUUCAUGUUUCAGUUGUUGCGGGGAUUGUCUUACAUUCACAGCAGGAGAAUUUUGCAUCGAGACCUCAAACCUCAGAAUCUGCUCAUCAGCUAUCUGGGAGAACUCAAACUAGCCGAUUUUGGUCUGGCUCGAUCGAAGUCAAUACCGUGCCAAACGUACUCGGCAGAGGUGGUGACUUUAUGGUAUCGCCCGCCUGAUGUUCUGAUGGGCUCCACUGACUACUCCACUGCACUGGACAUCUGGGGAGCUGGCUGCAUUUUCAUAGAGAUGCUGCAGGGGUCAGCAGCGUUUCCUGGAGUAGCAGAUGUUUUCGAGCAGCUGUUGAAGAUCUGGACAGUUCUCGGGGUCCCGACCGAGGAGUGCUGGCCAGGUGUCAGUGAUCUGCCAUACUAUAAACCAGAAUGGUUCCAACCCUGCAAGCCCCACCAAUUUCGAGAUGUCUGGAAAAGAUUCGCUCAGUUACCUUAUAAGACGGAGGAUCUGGCCCAGCAGAUGCUGACGAUGAAUCCAAAGGACAGGAUUUCGGCCCAUGAUGCAUUGCUGCACCCUUAUUUCAACACUCUUCCACCUCCGUUAAUGCAUCUGAGAGACACUGUGUCCAUCUUUAAAGUGCCCGGGGUGAGAUUAGAGACGGAAGCGAGGGAUAUCUUCAGCCCUAGCAGACGAAAUAAAUCGCCCCUCGCUCCUUUGGCCAAGUGCUGGUGAAACACUGCCCCACCAAUACUGUAUAUAAGAUAGUUGAUGUAUAUGUGACACUGUAUUGCAGCAUGACAGUCUGUAUUUUGUUUAUUUUGGAGGUGGGAGGACCAUAAAAUCUUAUAGACAAUUUGAGUUUUUCUGGAUUGUCUGUUAACUUUAAAGGUAUAAAGUACAGAAAAAUAUGUAAUUUCUUCAACCUGUAUCAAUUGCUUUGAUCGGCUGAAUACAAAGGAAGAUAUUUUAAAAAUAAAUUUGUAGCAGAUCUGGGGCACCAUUGACUUCCAUUGUAGGAAAGAAUAAUACUAUGGAAGUGAAUGGUGCCCCAGAUUAAAAUUGUUCAGAAUAUCUUUGUUGUCAACAGAAAAAAAAAUGUACAGGUCUAUAACAACUUGAGGGUAAGUAAAUGAUGACAGAAUUUUAAUUUUUCAGUGAACUAUCCCUUUAAAGGCCAUCCAUAUGCUAUUGUAAUCUUGUACACUUUUUAGCAGAUAUACACAUUUUAAUUUUUUUUAACACAGAUAAUCCUGCACUCACUUAAUUUAUCCAAUCAAAGGCUUUCUAGGGUGAGACUGUCAAAUUUUAUUUAUUUAUUGUAAAAUACAACUUAGGUUGUAUUGACUUUAAUUGUUUAAACUUUUUUUUACAGUGAAUGAUGUUCAAGCCCUUUUAAUCUCUGUAUCUGUCUUUAGCAAAGAUGUGACCGUUUAAAGCACAAUUUACUUGUAAAUAAUUUGAAAGCAUAAAUAGGAGGCAUAUAUUAAAUUUGAUAUGUAAUUUAAUUGUUGUAAAUACAGAUAUGAUAUGCAAGAUAUGACUUGAUAUGAAAAUAUGUGUCACUCCAUAUGUGUAACAUCUGUUAAUGUAUAAAAACACCUGUUAAAUAUCUUUAUCACCUCUCCCCUUUGUGUUUUAUGUGUCAAAACUUGUUCAAAACGCAAAACUGUCUUUUUACCUGCCGUAACGCAUCUGUUUUGUACCAAAAAAGCUACAGUAUAAUACAGUCUUCGCGAUACUUUGACAUGUGCUGCUGUCCAGAUAAUGUGUAAAGAUGUACAGCAAUGUCAGUCAAUAUGUG